UAUUUACGCGUUGUGUUUGAGUACGUGAACAAGUUGUCCCAACAAACAGAGAAGGUACAAAAUACUUAGCAAUAAAUAAAGGCCUGCCUACGAUGGAACAGCUAUUUGUAACCAAACCACCCCCAUUACCAAUUUUGGUGGGAACUACAACUGCUCGAGCAGUGGAUGCAGCGGCUCUAAACCACCAGGUACAGGGCCGACACAUAAUUCUGUGCUACAUACAUGUUUACCGGGAAUCAAGCACAAGGACCCGCUUAAAUUGUGCUCUUAUCUGAGCACGAGCUGCAAUUUGGCUUAUAACUCGUCCUUGAUAUGCAUACAUAUACUGUGAUAUAUAUCCUAUCACUCUACAUAUUCUGCGGAUGUGUGCGUAUCGUUGUUAGGAUACCCAUUAUUGGCAUUAUUGCCUCGUUACUAAUUUACAUGCACAAAAUCUCUAUACUGGCGGAACUAUUAUCAGUUCCCAAUUAUCUUAAUUGUCGGAAACAUGUUUCGAACAGAAAGUGAAACCCGACAAUCCUUUAGUUCUUCAACGACAGGAAAUUUCGUUUCAAAGACUUCGACCGUUUGGAGUGAAAAUGGAGAUUUUACUUCCUUCCCCGCUAAACCAGUCGUUAACAAUGUGACAAUCAAUAAUCAUGGUGAUGGGAAUACCACCCUGGCAAAUAGUGGGGACGCUACCGUAACCGUGAAUAAAUGUGAUGGAGAAAAUACCAAAAUUAAUGUUCCCAAAGAUGACCUGAAAGUGUGUCCCAUUGACGACGGGAUAAGAAUAUCCUCCAUAACGAAAGCAAAUAAGAAAAUACAUAUACCUUGCUUGUACGUCUGGAUCGUCUUAGCGGUUUUCGCCAUCUUGGUCGGCAUAUUACUCACCCUCUGGUUGUCUGACGUCAUUAUCAUAAAUACCCCCAUCCCCACCCCUGCUCCUUUGGGACUUACGCAAUCCACUGACUCGGAACCGUCAUCCACAUCAGUUUUCAGGCAUCCAACUUCACCUCCCACCAAGCAUUUCCCCCCAAUUCCCGGUCAACACGUUGAAAUGAAUCAUUUGGAAGACAUGGCGUUAAUAACUGACAAGACAACCAAGGUCGUGAUAAGGUCAACCAAUUCCACUGAAGCAGACCCAGACGUGUUUCAAGUUUAUAAGCAACCUCAUGGCGUGAUCAUGGUCCAAGUCGGACAUAAUUUUACAAACGCGUCCGACUUUACUAAUCUUCGCAGAGUCUUGCAGUGGCUCAGCCCAGCCGUUCACAAGCUAGCGAUUGAUGGAAAGAUUUCGCAAGGAUGCCAAAAUGAUUCAACAGUUGACAAGGAUAACCUGCCCUUUCCAUCAAUGACUAUGCUCGAAAUCCGAAAUUUUGACCAAUGCUUUAUUUCUAACUGGCUAAAGGAUUUUUGGAUCCCGGCCAUCAAGCGGGUAAGAAUACAUGUGGUAGAUGACAAUCCACAUUAUCGCGAACCUGCAAUUAAUAUAAUUCGUAGUUCGAAAAUUGAUGCCGAAAUCGAUUUCGACCAAGAUUGAAGAUUUUUAGAAAUAACAAAAUAAUUAUGAGAGUUGUGCUUAUCAUUUUUCGAGUACAUAUAAAUAUGACUACGUGUGCACACUUUAUGAUAAAUAUUUUAAUUAUAGGAAAUUAUGUAUAUUGUUCUUGCCGAAAUUUCAUGAAUUCCACUCGACCCAUGUUUGCUCAAUUCUGUCAUUCUUAUUUUAAUAAACAAGGUGAAUCAAAUUCCA